UCUUAUUGAGAGAUCCUGCAUCAAUGAGAAAUUCACCAAAACUUUGUGUUGUUUUUCUGAUCAUGGUUCUUUUGUUUGGUCCGAGUCAUGAGUUAGCACCGUUUUGGCCCGACACCACCGUCACAGUGAUAAAUAAUCUUGGAGGUCCACUUCUUACGGUUCAUUGCAAAUCCAAAGAUGAUGAUUUGGGGAUUCACAUAGUGGCUGCCAACAAAGAUUACCACUUUUCAUUUCAGCCAAAUGUAUGGAAAACAACACUGUUCUUCUGCAGCUUCCAAUGGAACAAUCAGGUCAAGCGGUUUGAUAUAUUUGAUGCUACGAGAGAUGAAGGUGUAGGUGAAAAAUUUAACUGGACUAUCAAACCCAAUGGUCCAUGCAAGCUUGGUAAAAAGGUUAAAUGUUUCCCAUGGAAAUGA